GCAUCAAGUUCUUGACUCACAGGCUCUUACAGACUCAGCAUUAGAGAUUCACACGUCUACUGAACGCGGGUCAGCGAAGGACAGCGGAUCAAUAACAGAAUGGCAGAUAACGGGAAGACAGUCGAGAAGGACACAGAGGCAUCACAUGCUACUCAGGAACAACAGAGUGUGGUAUCCAGAAUGAGCAACCUGCCGCUGGUGAGUUCAGCUUGUGGUGCGAUGUAUAAUGCAUACAGCUCUACUAAAGACAGCGUGCCGCUCCUGAAAGGAGUAAUGGAGGUUGCGGAGAGCGGGGUGCGCACACUAGGUGCUGCUGCUUCAACUGGUUCCAAACCCAUACUAGACCGUCUGGAACCUCAAAUUGCGGCGGUAAAUGAAUAUGCCAUUAAAGGGCUGGAGAAGGUAGAAGAAAACCUUCCAAUUUUACAACAACCAGCAGACAAGCUGGUAUCCAACACAGUGGGCAUGGUGUACCAGUCAGUAACAGGAGCAAAGGAUGCUGUGGUGGGGGCUGUGCUGGGUGGUGUGGAAAAGACACGUAUGGCCGUGGCCGGUGGCAUAAACACUGUUAUGGGAACCCGUGUGGGCCAGAUGGUCAGUAAUGGUGUAGACAAGGCCCUCACCCAAUCUGAAGACUGGGUAGAUCAGAACCUUCCAAUCAGUGAAAAGGAGCUUGCUGCACUGGCUGAACCAAGACCAGGUGAGGAGGAAGGAUUCGUAGUAACUGCUAGACCCAGCUAUUUUGUCCGCCUUGGUAAACUGUCUGCCAAAGUUCAGGAGAGGGCACUUGAGCAGUCUCUCAUCAGGGCCCGCAGAGCCAGAGACACUACGCAUGCAGCUGUAACUCAAAUGACCAGCACUAUGGACCUGCUGGAAAGUGCCCGGGUUACCUUGGCCAGUGCCAACCAGCAGCUAGGAGGUGCUCCGGAGCAGUUACUGCAGAGAUGGAAAGAAUGGAAAGAAGGGCAGCCCAAAGAACUGCAGGAGAAAGUAACAGCCGAGACAGCGGUGGAUACAGCAAAAGACAAGAAAGAGACACUUUCUCAGUGUGUGCAUGCGGAUGCCUCCUCACAGGAGCUGGAGUCGAGAGCCCUGUCGAUGGUUCAGGGUUUGAGUAAUCAGCUCAAGGCGGCAUGUUCAGGGGUCGUGUCCAGCGUACAGGGUCUCCCGGGCACUGUGCAGGAACAGCUUCUAAAUGCUCGACAUACAGCUGGAGAACUCCAGGCAUCACUGAGCAGCACCAAAAUACUCACGCCCAUUCUCUUAGAGCAGACACGACAGCAGAUCGGCCAGGUACGACAAUCUUUGGAUGGAGUCGUGGAUUACCUUCUCAAUAACACUCCUCUCAAUUGGCUGGUUGGGCCUUUUGCACCACAGAUAACAGAGAAAGGCGAUUGAAAACGCUGUACAAUUUAAAACUGAUGUUUUGUUGCAGUAGGUUAAUAUAUAGUCCAAAUUGUUGUAUCUUGCAACUAUUCCCAUUUUAAAAAUGUAACUAGUGGUAAUUGAAGUCUGUAGAUUCACGCUAUCAUUUCAUCAAUGUCAGUAUUCUAAACCAAGCAGGUAGCGUGGUGAUAUAAUGCGGUGUAGCAUUCAAAAGUUUGUGGUACUUAAAUACUCAAUACAUGUACUUUCUAAAUAAAAGCAAAUCAUGCAUAA